GUGGCACUCGCAGCUGCAGCAAAUCUCAAAAUAAGGAGGCCACUGCCUCUCUCCUCCUCCUCUCCAUCUCCCCACAGCACACCUUUCUAUUCUCUUCUUCUUCUUUUUUCUUUUCUUUAAGACUCAUGGAAGGUUUUACUUGUAUAUCAACUUUCAAACUGUAAGAAGUCAGAAUGGGUGACAUCAUCAGAAAACUAUGUGGAGCUGAUUUCGAGGAGAAGUGAAGAGCCCAGAGCAAGAAAGCGGUUAUAACUCCUGAACCCGGGGAGUUGGCAGCGUGUGGGUUUUGGAAGAGCCAGCGCCUCCGAGUUGUCUUGAAGUGAGGCUUUGCUAAACUGUUCAUCUGCCUGCAAGAUCUGAAUGCUGUGACCACUAAUUUGUUGAACCAGGACUCUGAGGCUGAUAUGCAAUGUCACUUCCAACAUUAAUCAGAUACUGCAUUUAAGAUCUUGAUGUGGAAGAGAUGGAGGACUCAGAACCGAGGAUUUCCAAGUGAUUUCUUCCAAAGCACGAGAAACUAACUUUGUUAAGGCUGAUCCGUUCUACCUGAGAGGAGAGAGAGAGACAUUGAUGUGAGAGACAAGCAUCGAUUGGCUGCCUCCCGUACGUGCCCAAACGUGCUGCAACCCAGGAUCCAACCCACAACUAGAGAGAGAGGAAGAGAGAGAGACAUCGAUUGGUUGCCUUCUGUACGUGCCCGACCAGGGAUUGAACCUGCAACCUAGAUGACAGUCAUGUCCCUUUCCAGGGACCUCAAGGACGACUUUCACAGUGACACAGUGCUCUCCAUUUUAAAUGAGCAGCGCAUCCGGGGCAUUUUAUGUGAUGUCACUAUCAUUGUGGAAGACACCAAAUUCAAAGCCCACAGCAAUGUCCUGGCUGCUUCAAGCCUUUAUUUCAAAAAUAUCUUUUGGAGCCAUACAAUCUGUAUUUCCAGCCACGUCCUGGAGCUGGAUGAUCUCAAAGCCGAAGUGUUUACAGAAAUCCUUAAUUAUAUCUACAGCUCCACAGUCGUGGUCAAGAGACAGGAAACAGUCACUGAUCUUGCAGCUGCAGGAAAAAAGCUGGGAAUCUCCUUCUUAGAAGACCUGACUGAUCGCAGCUUCUCAAAUUCCCCGGGCCCUUAUGUAUUUUGCAUUACUGAAAAGGGAGUGGUGAAAGAAGAAAAAAAUGAAAAAAGGCAUGAAGAACCAGCCAUCACUAACGGGCCAAGGAUCACAAAUGCGUUUUCCAUCAUUGAAACGGAAAAUAGUAAUAACAUGUUUUCCCCACUGGACUUGAGGGCGAGUUUCAAAAAGGUCUCCGACUCCAUGAGAACCACGAGCCUUUGCCUGGAAAGGACUGAUGUCUGUCACGAGGCGGAGCCCGUCCGCACCCUGGCAGAGCACUCCUACGCCGUUUCUUCCGUGGCCGAGGCGUACCGGAGUCCGCCUGUAUGUGAACAUGCUAGCAGCUCGCCUGAUAAAACAGGGAAAGAAAAUGGCGAGGCUCUCGUUGCAAAACCGAAAACAUGCCGGAAGCCAAAGACACUUCCCACACCCCAGGAUUCUGAACCAGCCACGGAAGAGAUGCCACCCCCACCAGUAACCAACGUGGAGGUUCAUCAGGAGAGCAGUCCACAGCCAGCUGCCGUUCUUUCUGGUUCAAAGUCACCCAACAACGAAGGAGAGGUCCUUCUUCCCAGGGAAGAUGAAAACAAGUCCGCUGAUGUCCCUGGGCCGCCAGCGGCAGAGGUUCCCCCUCUCAUUUACAACUGUAGCUCUUGCUCCAAGUCCUUUGACAGCAGCACUUUGCUCGGUGCCCACAUGCAGCUGCACAAGCCGACCCAGGAGCCUCUGGUGUGCAAGUACUGCAACAAACAGUUCAGCACCCCAAACAGACUGGAUCGGCACGAACAGAUCUGCAUGAGGUCAAGCCACAUGCCCGUUCCGGGAGGAAAUCCACGCUUUUUAGAAAACUAUCCUACCAUUGGACAAAACGGAGCUUCCUUCACACGUCCAGAGUCUUUAUUAUCUGGAAACAGGCUUGGUGAAUUUUCCAGUACUGGAAGUACCUUGCCAGAAAUGGACCACAUGGUUAAAUUUGUUAAUGGGCAAAUGCUCUACAGUUGUGCUGUAUGCAAGCGUAGUUAUGUGACUUUAUCCAGCCUUCGCAGACAUGCAAAUGUCCACUCGUGGAGAAGAACGUACCCUUGCCAUUACUGCAACAAAGUGUUUGCACUGGCGGAGUACAGGACAAGACACGAAGUGUGGCAUACGGGAGAGAGGCGCUAUCAGUGCAUUUUCUGCCUUGAAACCUUCAUGACCUACUACAUACUCAAAAACCAUCAGAAGUCUUUCCACGCCAUAGAUCACAGACUUUCCAUCAAUAAAAAAACCGCAAAUGGAGGCUUAAAACCUAGUGUCUAUCCAUAUAAACUGUACAGGCUGCUGCCUAUGAAAUGCAAGAGGGCUCCUUAUAAAAGCUACCGAAAUUCUUCCUAUGAAAAUGCUCGAGAAAACAGUCAGAUGAGUGAGCCUGCACCUGGUCCCUACGUUAUUCAGAAUCCGUGCAGCUCUGAAUUACCGACUCUGAAUUUCCAAGACAGCGCGAAUACCAUGACCAACAGUCCAGCUGUCCCACUGGAAACAUCCACAUGUCGGGACAGACCCAUUUCUGCCAAUGUCCAAAAUGCAGAGGGGACCAAGUGGGGAGAGGAGGCCUUGAAAGUUGAUCUUGACAAUAAUUUUUAUUCAACAGAGGUGUCAGUUUCUUCUACUGAAAACGCUGUCAGUUCGGAUUUCCCGGCUGGGAACGUGCCCGCUUUGCCUCUGAGUACCGGCAAUGAGAACUCAGCCUCCGUGAUCAGCUACAGUGGCUCAGCGCCCUCGGUCAUUGUUCACAGCAGCCAGUUUUCGUCGGUGAUCAUGCACAGCACCUCCGUGGCGGCAAUGGCCAGCACCAACCACAGAGCCCCUUCAGAUCCACCUGUCAGUCAGCCCGGGCAAGGUGACAGCAAACCCGAGACCGACAAAGUGGGGAGAGUGCCCAGCAGACCCAAAAGCAUUAAGGAGAAAAAGAAAACCAUCCCAUGUAACAGGGGAGAAAUGCCAGAGGAAUCAAGCUACGUUGCUGACCCUGGAGGGUCAUUGAGCAAAACCACAAAUGUCAUUAAAGAAACCAGUAAAAUCGAAACCUACAUCGCAAAGCCUGCUCUCCCCGGAACCUCCACAAACAGCAACGUCGCACCUCUUUGCCAAAUAACAGUCAAAAUUGGGAAUGAAGCCAUUGUGAAAAGGCAUAUCUUAGGAUCCAAAUUGUUCUAUAAAAGAGGGAGAAGACCCAAGUAUCAAGUGCAGGAAGAGACUUUGCCACGAGAGAGUGACCCGGAAACCAACAGAGACAGCCCGCUUGAGCUUUGCCAAUCCGAGUGCAUGGAGAUGAGUGAAAUGUUCGAUGACGCAAGUGACCAGGAUUCCACUGACAAGCCAUGGCGCCCUUACUACAACUACAAACCCAAAAAGAAAUCUAGGCAGUUGCGAAAAAUGAGAAAAGUCAACUGGAGGAAAGAACAUGAAAACAGGAGCCCGAGCAGUAAGUAUAAAUACCCGGCAGAAUUGGACUGCGCUGUGGGGAAGGCUCCUCAGGAGAAGGCCUUUGAGGAAGAAGAAAAUAAAGAGAUGCCCAAGUUGCAGUGUGAGCUCUGUGAUGGAGACAAGGCCUCGGGGGCUGGAAACCAAGGCAGGCCCCACCGGCACGUCACCGCCAGGCCGUACACGUGCGAGCUCUGCGCCAAGCAGUUCCAGAGCCCGUCCACGCUCAAGAUGCACAUGCGGUGUCAUACCGGAGAGAAGCCAUACCCAUGCAAGACCUGUGGGCGGUGCUUUUCUGUGCAGGGAAACUUACAGAAGCAUGAACGCAUCCACCUGGGCGUCAAGGAGUUCAUCUGCCAGUAUUGCAACAAGGCCUUCACGCUGAACGAGACCCUCAAGAUCCACGAAAGAAUCCACACUGGCGAGAAGCGUUACCACUGUCAGUUCUGCUUUCAGAGUUUUUUGUACCUCUCCACAAAAAGGAAUCACGAGCAGAGGCACAUUCGGGAGCACAACGGUAAGGGCUUCGCCUGCUUCCAGUGCCCCAAAAUUUGCAAAACAGCUGCUGCCCUUGGCAUGCACCAGAAGAAACACUUAUUCAAAAGCCCGAGUCAGCGAGAGAAAUCGGAAGGUGAUGUGUACCAGGAAAACUCAGAUCCGCUGGAGAAUCCACAGUUCAUGGAUUCAGAAGACAAUGACCAAAAGGAUAAUGUACAAACCAUUGUUGGAAACCUUUGAACGGUGAUACUUGGGGGGAAAAAAUCUUCAAAAAUACAAGUUGAUGGGUUUGUUUAUUUUUUUUUAGUUAGCUAUUUUAUUCUGGUUUUGUUUUUAAGUUUAGUUUUGUUUCACAUAACAGUCAUGAAGGAGUGAAUUGUAAAAACAAAAAUCUCUUUUGUGAAAAUUCCAGAAAGAGGAUCCUAAUAUCUGCUUUGGGUUUUAGCAUUAACAUCUUGCAAAGUGCGCAAAAACAAAAUUGCUGACUUCGCCAAUAUCCCAAGUAUCUUGUGAAAGUUUAUGAAGUUCUUAGCUGUGGUAUUUCUGCCAGUGGGAAAAAAAGUUUCAUUUUAGCCUAAUUUAAAACUUUCUGGUAAGUGCUAAUAGGAACUGGCUGCUAAACUGUCUUUAGUCACUGGAGAAAAUAAGGGUUAGACAUCAUGAAAAUGUCAUCUUCAUAAGUAAGUUAAAAGGUAAAUGAGCUGUAACAGUCAUUCCCAUUCAGCUUCUGCACUGUUGAAAAUUGUUUAAAUUUAAUGGAUACAUAUUAAAUACUUAAUAUAGCUAAAAAUAUGUGUGAAAUGAGUAACCUAAGUAGGACAUUCAUGUAUUAGAACUACUUUUCUGCAACACAAACCUUGUAAAAUACAUAUAUAAAUCACUAUGACUUUUAACUGUCCAUGUCCCCUGUAGAGAAUUAUAAUGAUGAGCAAUAGGUCUGCAAAUAAUGAGGACUGCUGUAAAAACCAGUAGAAAGCAUUUUGAAUAUGACGUAAGAGCAUGUGUAUGCUUUUAGAUGGAAUGCUGUUCUCUUGAUGUUAUGGCUGAGCCGUUAUUUGAAUUGGUCUAUUCAAGUCACAGAAAACAUAGUUCAUGCCUUAUCUAUGGGGGGAAGUCUUCCCAGAAUUUACCUGUGGUUACCUGUGCUGUGUAUUACUUUGCAGUAGCCUCACCUCAGGAAAUGAAGAAGGGUCAAAUUCUUCUGAAACGCCCCACAGUCUUCCAUCCAUCACAAGGCCAUAAAUGUGGCGGUCUGUUCCAGACAGACUUAACCAGUCUUAAGGGGUCAAGUAAAACCUGACACCUCCUAUUCCACUGAAGGAGUGUCCAGGAAAUUUAGUGCAAGGCAUGCACACAGUGGUGAGUGCCCAGAGACUUGAAAGGGACAGAACACCCAAUCCCUACCAUGAUCAGCUUCCUUGGAGAUCACACAGCCCACACGUAUACACUAGUAUGAAACAAAAGGACAACCGAAACACACACCCGCCCACCCACGAAGGACCGACUUGAGCCAGCAACCGGAAGGGAUGACCUUCCUUGCCUCAAAUAGUAGCUUUGCUUGGGGGUGGGGGGGGGAGAUAAAAUGUGGAUGAGGGAGAUAAGGUUCCAUCACUUACGUGACUCAAAUAUAUCCGAAAAGGCAGAUGCCUUGUCUUCAUGUUUGCAGACAUCUAGCCCCUUUGCUAAAACACCCACUUAAGUUUCACAGUGUUCUUUUACGCUGACCCAUACCGUCAACACUGCCCUCAAAGUCUAAUUGCCCUACAGGAUGUUCCAUCAUCUGGACUAGGUUCCUGGGAAGCUGGAACUCAUGAGUCUGACUUUCUAAACUGCCGUGAUAGGAGGCAGAGAGAAAACAUUCCUACCCUUUGAUCACCAGUGUGAACAGAAUCCGGAAACCAGUUCAAGGGUAGCCUGCAGCCAUUCGUGUUCUUGGGAUUUGAUAGAUGGAAACCCAAGGUUAUCCAGCGUUGCGAGGUUACCACUAUGAAGAAGUAGCUCACAGGACUCCAGUUUCUCUCCCAAUGUUGUGAUGUCACCAUGAGGAAGACUUAAUAUGGAUUUGGGUGGGCAAGACAGCAUUUACACACCCAGAAAUGGACAUGAUCGAAGCUGACCUUUGAAUGCUGUAGUACUUUGCUGUUAAGUAACCCCAAUAUUGUAUCUGCAUUUAUCUUUUGUUCAUCUACGUUCACUCACACACAGUAUUAUGUAAUAGAAGAAAAUGCAAGCAAAUUCAACUUUAUUUUAUACAUUGUAUAUAUGUAUACCUGCACUAUACAUCUGGGUUUUGUUAAAAGAGAUUGUCACAAAGGGCUUAUGAAAAUCAUUUUUGAAUUGAUAAUUAGAAUAUCAAGUAAGCAAUCCUGUGAUCUACUAAUUUGUUUUAACUCAAUUAGGAUUAUUAAUCAAGAAAAAUAAUUGUGUAUUUUAGUCAUUUUGAUUUGCGGUAACUCCAAAUAUAAAAUUAUACUACAUGUAGUGAUGUCUCCCAGCCCUUAAUGUGGAUAUUUUUAAAGUGGACUUGUAUGCUGAUAAUUCUAGACCAAAGUAAAUAUGGCAGAAUAUUUAUACAUGAAAAAAUAAUUUUGCAAAUAUUUUCUAUAAUUGUAUUAUUCGUUUAAAAUGUUGACAGCUUGUGUUAGUUUCAGGGAGGGGUGUAUAUUUUGAUAAAAAAAUACUUGACUUUGUAAUUCUGUAUAUUCUAUACAAUUUAUAGCAGAGCCGUUUUAAGACAGCCUUGUCAGAUUUUUUGUUAAUUGUGGAAACUUUAUGAUGAGUGAUGUUUAAGUAUGCAUUGAAUACCUAAUGACCAACUAGGAUUAAAGUAAGUGUAAGCAGUGAACAUAACUGUAUGCUGUACAAGAUAUAUUGUAACUUGCUGUUUUAGCAUCUGUAUUUUGGUUAGAAGAUAUUAUUAAAUGCAGAUGUUAAGGGUUGGAAAAAGUCUAAUUUUAUUUUUAGAAAUAAUGAAUAUAACUUUGUUUUUGCUUGAUUAAAAUAGCUCGUUCCUAUGUUAAGUCUCUUUUUAAAUGUUUCAGUGGUAAUUCUUUGUGCAGCGAAGCGGCUAUUUCAUCUGUGUGAGUUACAGCAUUAUUUCACACAGUGUUCCCUCAACUCACUUCUUUUUCCUCACGUGUUGCAUUCCAUGAUACCUGCCUACAUGCUUAGUACUCAAAUGGAAUAUGACGUUGAAAAACAUAAAACAAAAUAAGAGUA